GUGGGCGGAGAUUGUACAGCAGAUUGGCCUUCAACAUUUCGCACUGGAAAAUAAGUCUACCGACGCAGCGGAACAUCGGCUUCAGCAAGAACGAGUAUCCCUGGUCAAACAACGCAAGAUUCACCGACUCGAGGCAGCAGAGUACUGGAAUACAUAUGGACACCUUCCUGAUUUUACUGAUGAUUACCUUGGCGUAUUGGCCAAGAUCAAGCGCAUCUCAUGCCAACUCCGACGUUGGGCUCGUCGGCGCCGAGCGGCACACCGCGAACGCCUCCAUCAAGAGCUGCGCGAGGCACGAGCUUUGGGCCAGCAGGCUGAAGUACACAAGCUUGCACGCCUACUUUCUGGACGAUCAACAG